AUGUCCCACGGCAAGAUUGACAUUCUGGAUUUGUCAAUUGCCGACUGGAAGGCGAUCAGUCAGCAGUGGGCAGAAAAGGCCGGCGGGCAAGCACUGGGGAGGGCCGACAGGCCUUGCCUAGAAGUAGUGCAGGCCUGCCAAGUGCUAGCCAUGUUCUGGUUCGCGAAGGGUGAGACGAAGCGGACGAAUGUGCAUACGGCAAUUGCCUACAGGGCGUCUCGGCUGCUCCAUCUAGACGAUGCCAGCAAAACUGCAUGGUCCGCCCACAAGGAGCUUGGAUUGGGGUGCUUUUGGGCUUGUUGGCUCACCAGAUGCACCAGCCAAGAGAACUCGCGGUUCCCGGGUGACUGCUGGGCAGAUGUGGCUGGACGUCCGCUGCCUGUUGGUGCCGACGACGUGGCCGCCAACUCGCGCGCGCUCUAUCUGGACGAAAAGGGAGGCAUUAUCUACCCGGACCGGGAAUCUGCUGUCGGGUUCAGCUCCGUGUUGAUUGUUGUUCAAGGACUCUGGUGGGAAGUGCAGAAUUUUGGGCGGUCGAUCUAUGGGAGCCGUGGAACCCCGGCCGACUGGACCCUGCAAUAUUGCAUCCUCGACAAGAAGCUAGAAGACCUGAAUCUCCAGUUACCCGGGUGGGACUGGGGAUCAGCCAGUCGCGGGACGACCAGUCCAUCAGCGGAAGAGCCCAGCCGGAUGUUUUCCCUUGGUUAUCUAUACGAGCUGUGCAAUCUCUACCUCCACUCGUCGGUCGUCCCAGUCUUUAGUUGCCUGGGGCAAACGCGCAUCCUCAGCCAGCCAAUGCUGCAGCUCGCAGCGGAGCGCGCAUGGGAGCACUCUCUGAAACUGACAACCAUGACGGAGCAAUAUCUGGCACGACAAUCUCCCAUCUCGAAACUGUGGCCGAUGAUUGGAUACGGAGCCUACGUCUGCGCCGCCGUGCAGUUACGACGUUGUCUGGCGCUUCGACUGCUUGACGAGCAGCGUCUUGGACGUGCGAGAGUCCAUCUCCAGUUCACCGGCGGGCUCAUGAGGUACUGGACAACUUUACGACCACUGCAUGAGGACAUGGAGCGGCAGUUCGCCCAGACACAGGUGCUAUCCCACACACUGCAAGCAACGGCGCCCGCGAGCGUGCCGGUGCGAGCCGGAGACGGGCAGUCUCCAUUCGACACGCGGGAUCCCGCCUUCUCGACGGAGCUGACGAGCAGCAUCCAGACCUACGUCGCGGACGAGGACGUUGUCGAGAGUUCCCGGGCUGCUUCGGAGCCGCGGGGCGAGUACUCGGAGAUGGUCACACCGAGGGAGCUGCCUCAGAGGAUUGCCGGGCCCGGAGAUCCCCCCUGGGCCGGAGCACAAGCACAACCGCCACCUGCGCAGGUCUGGUGGAACCAGGACUCUGGGUCGCUGGGCGAGGCUUUUGGGAGCGGGUCUUUCUGGCCUGAAGACUUGGGGUUCCUGAUGGACAUAGCCUGA